AUGAGCUCGAGGUGGGAUAACAAGGCGGGUCCUGUAUCACCGGUUUCCAUAUCCUUCCGGCAUAUCGUACCAGAGAAUCUCACUGUCUACAUUAUUUCGGGCGAUCCAAAGGACAGCUGCAUCAGCUCGCUCAAAGACCAGCUUGGCUUCGCCGAGGGAUUCAGCCCCUCCGAAUAUAUUCGGCUCGAACAAAGGAGGUCCGCACAAAGUCCCUUCCUAAUUGUGGCCCACACCUUACAGGCAUCGCUCGAGCAGGCUAAAGACUAUGUGGCUAUUGUCAAAGACCGAUUGAUGGGCCAGAUUAACAAAGUCGACGACUACAAUGAAGCAAAGCAUAACUACACAGAAGACCCCAAAGACUUGCAGCGCUUCUGGAGAGACAAGGGUAGAAAUCUCCUCGAAGCCAUCACAGAACAACUUCAUCUAGUCUCUCAAACCAUUGAUUCCGGCAUGGCCAACACGGACAUGUCGAUCAAACUCACCGAUAUCAUUAAAUCUGCCUUUGAUUCCAGCCCGUUAGCGAAGAGCCCUCAAGAGAGUGUUGUUGCAGAGACUGCGGAGCUGCUCGAAUACCUUUCACACUCGUGGAAUUGCGAAAUGAAUUGGCUCAGGACGUACAAGGCUCGGAAGGACACUACAAUGAACUUCGUCUUCAACGCAGUGACGCAGCAGGACAGCGCCAUCAACAUUGACAUGGCGCGCAAGAUGUCCCGGGACAGUUCGUCAAUGCACGCCAUCACGAUCUUGACCAUGAUCUUCCUCCCCGCUACGUUCGUGUCGGGCGUCUUCAACAGCGGUAUCCUGACGUCGGAAAAGUAUGAGGGAUACGUCCGGUCUCCGCUCUUCUGGCCAUAUAUUUGGACCGUCAUCCCGUUCACCGUCUUCGUCCUCACGCUCUGGCUGACCCGGAAGAGGCUGGAGAGGGCACUAGAAUGGGUUCAUGGACGUUGCAAAGGCGUGUCGCCUCGAAACCCUACUCGAGGUGGGACGCGAUCAUCAUCUCAGAAGGAAGAAGUUACUGGUGACAAGCCUUGA